AUUUCAUUAAAAAUAUAUAUAAAUAUUUAUUAAUUCAAAAUGUCUGAUGUUGACAUAGAAGACACCAUAAACAGAAUAAAAAAUCAUAAAUCAGUCUAAGGAAUUGUGAUUGUAAAUAGUGAAGGAGCUAUUACGAGAACUACUUACUUAAAUGAGAAAAAAGAUGAGGGUAACUUCCAUAAUCAUCUCAGGUGAUACAAUUGCUAAGUCUAUUCCUAUUUUGGCUUAAAAAGCAAGAUCCUUGGUUAGAGACUUAGACCCAACUAAUGAUUUAGCAUUCUUAAGAAUUAAAACAAAAUUAAAUGAAAUUUUAAUUGCUCCUGAUAAAGAUCUUUUAUUAAUUGUUAUUCAAGGACCUAAAAAAUAAGGAGAAGAUGAUUAAUGAUUAAUAAGAUAUUCAUAAAAUUGUGGAAAUAUAAAAAAU